AUGGAUGGUUGCCGUCUCAAGGCACCAAGACUUUCCCUGCUCACGCAAGCCGUGGCCAAUUUGUCGUCAACUGCGAUGUUAUCUCUUUCGAACAUACUCUCGCAUCCGGUCGUGGUUGGGCUGAUCGUCGCAGCUGCAGGCGCCACACUCCUGUCCGUUUCCAAUAGCUACGCAAUCGACUCGGACGAUGAAGAAGAGAAAGUCAAACCGGUCCCGUAUCUGCCCGGUGGACACCCGAUUCUGGGACAUACGCUGCUCAUGGCUCGCAACCUCGAUCGGUUCCAGGACUGGCUGGUCGAGGCCAGUGUCGCUCGCAACGGAGCGCCGUUCGUACUGCGCCAACCGGGCAAGAACGACUGGUUGUUCUCGGCUCGACCCGAGGAUUUUGAGCAAAUUCUCAAAGUGCACUUUGAUACAUUUAUCAAAGGGCCUCAAGUGCGAGAGCUGCUCGAUGACUUUAUGGGGGAGAACAUUGUCAUUAUCAAUGGACAUCGCUGGAAAUUCCCAACGCAAAGCACUCGUCAACUUGUUCACGGCCAGAGCGUUGCGUGA